AAAUUUGAGCUUUCCAUCAAGCCACGCCCACUUUCCUUAGCCGAGUCAGUUUGCUUGGAGAAAAGCGCAAAAACAAUAAACCUUUAAUCCCGCUCGAGACGAUGGAACAAGACAUGUUUCAGGUGUUGAACCCGGAGAAACUCAAGUCUCUGGAGAAGUGGCUUCAAGAAACCAACACCACUAUAAAGCAGAUUAACGGCCAGCGCAAAUAUGGUGGUCCUCCUCCGGGAUGGAAAGGGCCUACACCAGGUCUAGGCUGUGAGGUGUUUAUAAGUCAGAUCCCACGGGACGUCUAUGAGGACAGCCUGAUCCCGCUGUUCCAGAGCGUGGCUCCGCUGUACGAGUUCCGCCUCAUGAUGAAUUUCAGCGGGCAGAACCGAGGCUUUGCCUACGCCAAGUAUGGGGACGCAGCUAGCGCGGCCGCGGCAAUCCAGGCUCUACACCUGUACCCGCUUCAGAGUGGCGUCAAGCUGGCUGUCAGGAGGAGCACGGAGAAAAGGCAGCUGUGCCUCAGCAGUCUGCCUCCCACUAUGGAACGCAACGAGCUGCAGAUGAUGCUGCAGCAAAUUGCUGACGGAGUGGAGGGCGUCACCAUAAGAACCGCCAGGCCUAACGAGAAGGACGUCAGUGCUCUGGUGUACUACUCCUCCCACUAUGCCGCCUCCAUGGCCAAGAAGGUGUUGGUGCAAGCUUUCAAGAGGCUGUACGGCGUGUCCAUCUCUGUUCAAUGGAUGUCUGGAGGGGCCAAAUCCAGACACGAGGAGCAUAGCGAAGAGAGUCCUCUCGUCCCUCCUGGUCUGAAGCCCAUGGCCAUGAAUCCUUUAACUCCCCCACGACUCCGGCUCAGCCGAAAGCCAGAGCAUCCUCCACCUCUUCCUACACCACCCUCUCCUCUUCACUUCUUCUCACGUGCAGUAGGGGGCCCAACCCCUCAGGGGAAGAACUUUAUGUUACCCGUAAAUGCCAGGAGUGUGGAGGAGCCAUUGCACGACGCGGUGCACCAGCUGCGCUGGCUGUGUGAGCUCCAUGGGUUCGGAGUGCCACUCUACAGUGUGCGCUACGACCACACAGGCCGCGACGGCUUCCUGUAUUUUGCCUACAGGGUGGUGGUGCCAGGAUUGGCCACACCGUUUUGCGGCAUCGUCCAAGUCCUGCCCAGCACCUGCGCUAACAACAUGGAGGCCGAAGUUCACCGAGCUGCUGCCAAGCAGCUCCUUAAUCUCAUGUGUCGGGCGAGAAAUUCAUGAGCUUUCAACCUUAGAUGCAUCCUAGUUUUGCAUGAGAAUGAUGUUCAGCUUAAUGAUGUUAAAAAAAAAAAAAAAUGUUUUUUGGUCUACCUCAGUUACCUUGGGUUUUGUGUUUUACCUUUUGAUAUGAUGUUUUAUAAUGUUUUAAUUAUUUUAUUCUUAUUAUUAAUUUGUGUUUUUGCAGUUUAUUUCAACUCUUUUCUUGCACCUUUGCGUGGUAUUUAGAUUUUUAGUUUUUUCUGACUUGAGUGAUCUUUGCAUGGUUGUGUUGGUUGCUUUGUGUGUUGCACUUAUUAAAAAAGUUGUAAAAAAUA